CAUUCUACAAACACGUAUAUUAAUUGAUUCAGCUUUCUUAUCACAUCAAACAUUGAGUACUUUCCGGUGUUGUCGACGCUGCUAAAAGAUAAACCAAAAUUUCAAACAAUAUUAUGGAUUUAGAUGCGAUUGAUGUGGUAGAAAUUGAGAGUGAAAAUUCUGGUGAUGAUAAAAAUGUUGAUUCCAAGUCAAUAUUAAAUGAUCAAAGUGAUAAAGAUCUUGAAGACAAUGAAGAGGAAAGAAACGAGGAAAUUAAAACAGCUGAGGUGAAUCAAUUACACAUGAUGAACAAUUAGAAGAAGGAUUUUGUGAUUGGAUAGUAAAAAGUCUGAGCUGUGUGAGUUGUAUAACCUGUACCGACUGCCCUGACCGCUUUGGAAAAAACUGUUGUUCAUUAUGCAAGUGGGACUUAGAUAUCAAUUUAAAUGCAACAAAUCAGAACACCAAUCCAUCGCAACCAGUGGCAAAUAAGCGCGAUGAAUCGCUUUCGCAAGAUAAAGAAACGAUUAAAAAUUUGGAAAACAAAAUUGAAAAGAUGAAAAAGAUGCAACAAGUUAAACAUAAUGAAUGUAUACGAUUGAAAACUAAAAUUGGAGAACUGUCGGAGGUAAUAACGAAGUUGGAAGGGCAGCUUUCGACAGUAAAGACCGAUAAUGCUCGCUUGCAAACAGAUUUGCUUGAGUGUCAGAAACAAAAUGUAGAUCAUAAGACAGAAGUUAACCGACUUGAAUUGGAACUCACAAAAGCUGCUUCAGAGUUGAUUAGGCAAUCAAUGAAGACACAGGAUCUGGAGGAAACUUUGGAAAGCUGUAGAACAGAACUUAAUCAAAUUUCAAAACAACGCAAGGAUCUAAGUAGAGCUUUCGAUAAGACGGAUGAUCAGCAACGUUUAAAAAUGAAAAACCUGCACGAAACCUUGCAGAAAUCGGAGUAUGAGAAAGCUGAAUUGGAUGGCCAAAUCAGACGGCGUCAUUGUGAAUUGCAAGCUGCAAUAGCACGGGAACAUCAGGCUUUACGUGACAAUGCGCUACUGCAACAGAAGCUGACAGCGCUUGAAAAUCAAUCAAAAUAAAACCCAUACAGUUUGGAGUUCCCACUGCAAAGGCAAAUUUCGUCUAAAAAUUCAAUAUUAUAUAUAUUGUAUCUAAGUCCUUAAACAAAAGUGUUUAUUCAACACAUAGAAUUGCGAUUGUAAGAAAAGCCGUAUUGUAUAUGGCAUCUAAAAUCGCUAUAUAGACCGUUCUUGAGCAUUGUUGGCAAAAUUGAUAGUAUUCCAGGACGAUGAUAUAGAGCCGCUAGUCUGUUUAUGUAUUAAAAUUAUUGAAAAUUGUAGAAUGUUAAGAGAUUGUUUUCAUUACAGUAAACGAAGCAUUUAUUAUGAAACCAUCACGAAUCUCUAGUGUGCGUUAUCUGGAACGUUUAGGAAACUUGUUGAUCGGUCGUUUUAGGGAAACAGAAUACUAAUGCAAAUUUCCAUGUUGAUGUUACUGUAUUCGUACUUGUGUUCGUGUUAUAUUAUGCCAUAUAAAUUUACUCUUGCUCAGAAGGAAAGGUCGAAAAUGAUCACAGCGAAAGUUUCGAGAAAUUUAUAUUGUUCAUUCUACUUCUUUGGCACAACAACCGCUGUCGGUCAAGGCCUGCUGCUGCUGCCUGUACCCAACUAGUGAAUUGGAGCUAUAUUGUUCAUUAGCUAGCAAAUAUAAAAUCAUAUUUUACAUUAUUCUUCAUCGGUUAAAUUAUGUUAUAUUUAUAUCUUAAUUUGUAUAUUGCUAUUGUGAUUCAUUGCUAGUGCCAGUUUCAUUCAAAGUAUGCAGUGAAUGACAACAAUAACUGUUGAGUAAUUACUAUCCUUCUUCUCAUCGUAUGUUGUUUUCAUAGGCCAAAAUUAAAUUAAAAAAAAUAAAUAAAUAAAUAAAAUAUCGAAAUGUCAAAUAAAAUGUAAGAAAUGUUUAUCGGGUAUCAAGUAAAUAUGCCGGUAAUAUGUUUAUAUCACGCACCGACUGAGCCUGCGGA